AUGGCAUCAAUGGCUGCAUCAAGCUCCGCUGGAAACAACACGCCAUCGACGAUACUCACAGAGAGUAAGUCUAGGCCGGUCUCCUCCGCCUCCUCCUUCUCAUCUGGUCAGAGUUAUGAUGUAUUCCUCAACUUCAGCUGUAUAGAUACUUGCAACACGUUUACCAUCCACCUCUACAAUGUCUUGCAUGCUGCUGGAAUUCACACUUUCAUGGACGACAUUGAACUCCGCACCAGGGAGGAGAUCGGCCCAGACCUACUCUUUGCAAUCCAGCAGUCUAGAAUCUCUAUCCCCAUCUUCUUGAAGAAUUACGCUUCAAGCAAAUGGUGCCUCAAGGAGCUUGCCGAGAUCGUUGAGUGCAAGAAAACCAUGAAUCAAUGUGUCCUUCCCAUCUUCUACCAUGUUGAUCCCACUGACAUCACACUGGGACCUAUGCGGAGGAUCUUCAGAAACACAACAAGUGUGUCGAUCAGGGGAUCAUUGACGAGUGGAAAAAUGCUCUGA